UCACUUCCAGUGGAUGCGCAAGCAUCCGUGGAUAAAAUGCUUCAACAAAAGCAAGGCCUGAUAUCUUCCUGUGGGCGAGAGCAAGUUCACCUGGAGGACGUGUUACGGCUGACUCCUGGUCAAUGGCUUAAUGAUGAAAUAAUAAAUUUCUAUGGAGCUAUGGUGAUGGAACGGGCCGAGCGUUGGCAUCGUGGGGAUUUCAGCGAUAUCGGAUUUUCUCCUUCCAACUCAAAUCCACACGUUGAUUGGGACAUAAACAGGAAAAGGCAGCAUGGCGAUCCAUUGCAAGUUCAUUACUUCAACACCUUCUUCUACUCGAAGUUAUCCAGCUCUGGAUACGAGAAGGCGAGGUUGAACAAAUGGACGAAGAAGGUGGAUAUCUUCGCCAAAGAUGCGUUACUGAUCCCCAUAAAUCUUGGGAAUUCACAUUGGACCUUCGCUUGCAUCAAUCUUCGCCGAAAACGUAUCGAGUACUUUGAUAGUUUAGGGCGGUGUCGAUCCUCAGUGUACGAGAUUCUAAGAGACUAUCUUGACAAGGAGCAUAUCGAUAAAAAAAAGAUCGGAUUUUCAUUCGAUGGGUGGCGAGAUUAUUUUUCGACCGAUACCCCCCAGCAAGAGAACGCGUUCGACUGUGGAGUGUUUAUGUGCCAAUUCAUGGAAGCAGCAAGUAGGGGGGAAGAAGUAGAGGACUUUGCUUUCCGUCAAGAAAAUAUGCCCUAUUUGAGGCGAAGGAUGCUGUGGGAAAUUCGGCAAAGCCGCCUCAUCAGCUGGAAGGUCUGA